CCUCGGUAGCCACCACAUGAAGAAGCAGUCCUCGGCCGCGUCGACGUCUUCGAAUGGCGCGGGCAGUAGUCGGUUCCCGCUGACGACGUUGACGUUGGCACAGGAAAAGCAGUUCCGUGUCCAAGCGUCCGCGCUUCUCACCAAGUCGAUCCAAGAUUGCGAACGUACGCUAGCCGACAUCGACGGCCAGUGGAAGUUUGUCCGACUGCACCAAGGACUCAAAGUGUACAAAGCCAAAUCGCCGAAUGCGCCGUCUGAGCUCAUGGUGACGGGCAUCGUUCGCGGUUCGCUCCACGACGUGAUGAGCUGCAUGUACGCAGAUAACAGCUUUCAGUUCCGUGUGAACUCGGCGCUCCUCAUGCCCAAGGAACACCUCGAUUGUGAAGUUCUGCACGCGAUCAACACCAAAGACAACACGCAUCCGUUUCGAUUCAACGGAAUCAAGUGGUGUGCGACCAAGUGGCCGGGAGGCACCAUGAACAAGACCCGCGACAUGUGCUUCUUCGAGACGACCGGCAUCACCCAAGCGCGGGACAACCAAGGACAGCUUCUUGAGUACGGCUACAGCAUCAUGGAAUCGAUUGAACUGGCACAGUGCCCACAUCUCGACAUGUACUCAAUCGUGCGCGCGAAGAUGAGUGUGCGCCAUCUCUUCCGCGAACUUCCUUUGGGCUGCACCAUGGUCGUUACCCAUUGCACCGUUGACCCAUCGGGCAUCCUUCCCACGUGGAUGACGGACUUCAGUACAUUGCCACAUUUACUAUCGAUAUCCCGUGCUGUCGAAGUCUCUGAAUCCAUUCGGCUGUCAAAGGCGUUGCUGGACCAGGUCAACUCGUCGCCCAACGCAAGCUCGGCGAGCUGGACAAACCGACUAUCUCUCUUCAACCGUGGCUCGGAAUGCGCCCUCUGUGAGAACGGCAGCCAGUUCAAGCUGGAAAAGAAGCGCAUCGUCGAAGCAGUUGGGGCUGGUGUGAAAACCGCUGCCAAGUACUUUUGCCCCGUGUGCUUGGCGGCUAGCCUUCGACAGGGCGUGAACGACUCGUCCCCCGUCGGCCCAGACCUUACCAACUUUUUGCUCCAACAACAACAGGCUCCUUCGUCGUACUCGAUGGUGAGCAAACCGUCAAGCGCCACCAUUUACAGCGACGACUUGUCGGAAGACAUGUCCGAGUUGUCGUCGAUUUACGAAGAGUUGGCGCCCCUGCCGCCGCCGAUUUUGGACUUUGACGACGAUGAAGCAGAAGAAUCCGUGUACAGUGGCCUGGAUUUCGACUACCGUUCGACGUGUCUGUCCGAAAACUCGACGUCGUUUAGCACCGAGAGCAGCGGCGCCGUGUUGUACGAACACGCCAGUCCCAGCCACUCGCACUACUCGAUGCUCUCGAACAGCGUGAGGCUGUACGAUAGCAGCCCCCGAAGCAGCAACAACAGCAGCAACGGCAGCAGCCCCACCAUGUCGCCGUCGAUCCUAGCCCAACAGCUCGUGCACCUCAACAUGCAAAUGGACAACACGGUCGACAUCAUGCGAAGGAAUCGGCUGCGCAUGACGAGCCUCCAAGGCACGACCAUGUCGACGUGAGACCGAUGGGUCGCGGCCACUUAUUUACUAUAGAUUGAAUCAUUAUGAACCACUGACACCCUCUUUCAGCGGAUGCACCUCUGACUUGCACGGUCGUCAGUAUACGUACAAUUUUAUCUAUUUAUACAGGAGUCCGACUUCAAUUCUUCUACUGCGCCACCGUCGAAAACCUCUAUAUAUAAAUACUUUGCCAUGGGGC